UCACCUCACAUCAACAGAUCAGUUUACUUUCUCCUGCUAAACCACGGAGAAAUAUUCAUUCAAGUAUCCGUCUUCGUCAGACUUCUCCACAUUCAAGGGCUAACGACCACAGUAGCAGCCUCGUCACCUGCAGUAACAGUAGUUUCAAGAUGAAGCAAAAGUUGGUGCUCCAUGUGGACAUGUUUGAUGAGAAACGGAGGUCUAAGGCCAUGAAGACUGCCGUCGGUGCUGAAGGUGUGUCAUCGGUUGCUUUGGAUGGGAAGGACAAAAGGAAGUUGGUAGUGAUUGGUGAGGACAUGAAUGCAUAUGAGCUGGUGAAGUCUCUAAGGAAGAACUUCAUGGUGGACAUGGAGAGCUUGGAAAAAGUGAAGAGCGAGAAAAAUGAGGAGAAGCCAGAGGAAAAGAAGGCGGUCGAGCAAUGGCCGUAUGUUUACCAGCCUACCGUCCCGCAACACAUCGUCUACCAAGAAGCUAAUCCUAAUUGCCCCAUUAUGUAAUACCUUGCUAUGCAAGUAGAGUGUAACAAUUUUGGCAUUGUUUUUUCCCAGAACUAGAGGAACCUUGUAAGAAUGUAUGAACAUCUCUCAGGCGUUGUAUUAAAGUAUAGAUGUUCAGGAGAGUAAGAUCAGUUGUUCAUUUGGGCGUCACCUGUUCGAAAGCUUUAAUAGUGACCUCUUUGUUGCUAAGAUCAGUUGAUUGUUAAAAGGAACAUAGAUUUACACAAGGGAGAUAAAAAGUUCAAAUAAUAUUGUUUCUUCUUCUGCUAA